CUCAUUGAUUCUCUAUUCUGUUGUCAUUAUGCUACUUACGCAGCACUGAAGUGAUUGGAGAAUCUGCAUUUUCAGUUAUGGUUGUGUUGUUUGUAUUCCAGGUAUGUAGAGUCUGGCUGGAUCAAAUUGAACAUUGUCAUGUAACUGCGAGACUAUCACAUACAUCUUGUGGUUACUUUCUUGAUGAUGGUUCCAGUGAAGACCUCAAGUGCAACUUCUGUCAACGUAAAUGCAAUGCAGAACUAGCACGGAAUUUCCAUUUAAAAAUAACUCUUGCAGAUGAGAGUGGAAAACUCUUUGCUUGGUGUACUGAUCAAACAGCUGUGGAGUUGCUGCAAAUAACUCCUGAUGAAUUCUGCGAACUACCAGAGGAAGAGCAGAUAAUGUACCCAUCAUCCCUUGAGCAUGAAACAUUCAAAGUUGCAUUGGUGAACUGCAGGAAAAAAGUUGGACUUAUGGAUCAAGAUCAUGACACAACUGCAUGGGAGAUCACCCGCGCAAUGAAGUGUGAAUAAACUUUGAACCAUUACUUGCAUCUCAAAUAUGAUAGUUGAUAGAGGCUCUGCCAGCUUCAUUAAGAUGAGAUUUGGGAUUUGAAAGAAAUAUAUUGCCAAAAUCUUAAGACAUAAAAAAUAAAUACAUGUUCUGCCUGAGGUAAAAAUAACCCUCCAUCUUUAUCAUCUAUGUUAGUCCCGAGUCUUGAAUCAAAUUAACAAAGCGGUGUUAUGCUCUAAACAAGGUGCUUGUAACAACAUAAAUCAUGUAAAUUUUGUUGCAUUUGGAAACAGAUGCAUUUUGGAGAUACCCUCUUCAGUAUAGAAACGAUGAUUGGUUGCUGUGAAGCUAAAAGGCUAGUUG